UAGUCCUCUCCCAUGCCCAUCAACAGCAUGGUCAAUCAAUCACUUUUUACCACCUUAAAAAUUCAAUCCACUGCUUUGACUGGGAAUAGCUUCUUCCAGCGCAUAUCUCAGCGGUCGUCGCCCUGCAGGUUCCAACAGAUAGUACAGAGGGCAUGUCAGGGACUGGAACCAGCUGAAGUCCGUGACGAGAUCUGAAGAUCAAAUGAACGUUACCCUGAUGUGUAAUGUUGAGGAGUGACCGACAUGAGACGAGUAUAGGAGCCCCUUUAUAUUACCACUUACGGAUUUCUUGCUUCAUGGACUCGGAAAUGGGGUUGAGUCAUUGAACAGUGGGUUCAGCCGCCAUUGGACGUGAGGCUAGGAGCGGGCGUGCCUCCUUGCGGUUCAACAGAUCAGUGGCCUCAUUUGCUAGGUACAGGGCGUUACAGGACCAUCGUGUAAAGAGGCCAUCCGCAAACGAGGACGGUUUCAGAUGAUGAUCUUGGGGGUAGCUGAUGAUAGAACAGACACAUCUGGAAUUCUGCUUCUUGGCACCACAUAUCGGGAUGGGAGCUGGGAGACUCCACUUUCAGCUCAGGCAGCAACCGAGGCCCCGCCAAGCAACGUGUGCUGUGGAGUUUGUUUGUCCAUGAACAAUUCUCGAUGUUUUCCGCCACUUGUCAGGACGAAGAUAAG